AUGCAUAACCAUAACUUUCUGGAGGAUUCACAUGACGUCAAAUUUGAGGACUUUUUAAAUCAUUUUAUUUUUCUUAAAAAUGAGAAAAAAAUACAAACGGGUAAUGACAAUGAGGAGGAAAGCGCAGCGACAGUUGAGCUGGUCGAACCUUCGGAAGGGGAGAAGAGGAUGCCACAGGAAGAUGGGCACAAUUUCAUGCGGUCCAUAGCCAAUGACAUUAUAAACAACGAACCUAGUAUGGUCCUCUUCAGAAGAAUGUAUUGGCCCCUGCUAUUAGGAAUUUACCAUCCUACCAGUCUACACGAAUUAACAAAGGAAGUGGAGAAAAAAAGAAAUUUGUAUAAGCAGGACAAAGACGAAUACAUCACAAAGCAGUCUAAUUUAAAUAUUCAAAAGUUGGACCCCCAGAUCUUUCACCCCUUAUCAUCGGAUGAUAAAAAUCCAUGGACACUAAAACAGAAGAAUCAAGAAUUAAAUGAAGAAAUAAAACAAGACAUUUUAAGAACACACUCAGAGAAAAAUCUUUUUCAAAAAGAGGCAGUAAGAGACACACUAUGUAAAAUUCUCUUCCUCUGGGCAAAGAAAAAUCCAUCAGUAUCCUAUAAACAAGGCAUGAACGAAUUAGUAGCCAUUUUUUUUAUUGUAAAUUAUCGUGAAAAAGUAUGCCCCGAUAUUCUAAAUUUAAAAAGUGAUCCAUUUUGGAAAGAGUAUGUCACCCUGUUUGAUAGGGACGAAGUCGAGGCAGACACUUACAUACUGUUUGACCACUUCAUGAAUAUGGGGAUGAAAUAUUUAUUCUCUUCCCCCGAAGAAAAAAAAAACCAAGCAACAAAGAAUUCUUCCAAAACGGUGCUCCUGCACAAGUGUACUUAUAUAUUCCAUAAGUUACUAAAAAAUAUGGAUAAAUUAUUAUACAAUCAUUUGAUCUCCCUAAGUAUUGAGCCUCAGAUUUUUCUUCUCAGGUGGAUCCGUCUCUUCUAUUGUAGAGAAUUUCCGAUUGAUGACACCGUCAUUUUGUGGGACAACUUCUUCUCAGAUUGCUACUUAACAAACUGGGAAAAUGGUUUCCCCGCCGAAGUCACAGGGGAUACCAUAGAAGUUGCCCACAUGACAUCAAAUGUGUUUCCCUUGGUGGACUACUUUGCCAUCUCUAUGAUCCUAUUCAUCAGAUCGUUCUUGCUGGAAAAUGACGAGAAUUAUUGCCUGAAGAGGCUUUUUAAAUACCCGCCCGUUGAAAACAUAAGGAUAUUAAUCGAUUUAUCUUUUAAAAUUAAAGCGAGAAGUGAAAAGAAGGAGAAGAGUGCAAAAAGGGAUGACUUACCAGUUUCCAACAGCGUCGGCGUGGACGGCGGUUCGAAUGUGGGUGGCUGUCUUGGUUCCUUUCAGGCUAAAAACGGGGCCAAAGACGGUGCAGUAAAUUUGGCAAGAACCACCGGCAACAACAGCAUAGUGAGUGAUCACAUGGAACGAAAUAGAUAUAAGCCAACCGCCAACACAUUUAUGUUAAAUAAAGAAACCAAAGUUUUAAACACCCCCGCGACGUUAUCUCGUAUUAACAGUAAGCUAAACACUGUCAUUGACAGCUUAAAUAAUUUAUCCUCCACCGUUGGGAAUGAAAAGCACCGAAUAGAGCUCCAGCAAAAUGUAUUUCGUCUGAGUGAAAUAUUCCGAGAAUUGAAAAGCAUGGAACAUAAUUGUGCAGAGUCCAUACCGGAGGAUUUGGAGAUGAACUGGAAAAAGGAGACUCCCCCGAUUUACUUCGGUUGA